GCAAGCGCGCUCCGUCACCGCGUCGGCUUCCCGUGCAGGCGCGAGGCUCCUCCCUCUCCGCCGCCAGCUGGGGCUCCCCGGGCUCCUGCUCCUGCUGCGCUCUCGCGGUCUCUUGGGUGCAGAGCAGUUCUCAGGCCGCGCGACAAGAACUUCAUCAUGUAUGGAAGUCUGACUUCUGAGUUCUUCAAAUCCCUGGGGUGCAUGGCAGGAAAACCACACGCUGACCAUUCAUUCUUUACUACCCAUUUCUGAUUCCCAGCAAGUCUUUGGUUACACGGUUGAAAGAUAACUUUCGGCAAAAGGACUUGGCCCUGACACACAGGCUUGGACUCGCAGCUGGGAGCAGGUCUGGGCCAGUGUCCAGCCUGCCACAUUGGACACACCCUUUCUGUGGAAGAGUCAACUUGAAAUACCCGUCGAGAAGGUCACUCUUUGGCUAUGAAAAUUCCUUCUGGAACGUGGACAACAACUGAAGACAAAGCAAACUAUUCUUAUCAGAGGCUGCUUUGCAACAGCCAGUGUUUCCUGUGGUCUCUGGGUCCUUACAGGACAGCUCAGCCGAUCUUGAGGUUUCUGAUGGCUAACGAAGCUCAUCCUUGCCCCUGUGACAUUGGCCACAGGCUCGAGUAUGGAGGCAUGGGGCAUGAAGUUCAAGUCGAGCACAUCAAGGCUUAUGUCACCAGAUGCCCCGUUGAUGCAGGCAAAGCUGUGAUUGUCAUUCAAGACAUCUUCGGAUGGCAGUUGCCCAACACCAGGUAUAUGGCUGACUUGAUCUCAGGAAAUGGAUACACAACCAUCGUUCCCGACUUCUUUGUGGGGCAAGAGCCGUGGAGCCCCACUGGGGACUGGUCCACCUUCCCCGAGUGGUUGAAAACGAGAAAUGCCAGGAAGAUCAAUAAAGAGUUCGAUGCUGUCCUGAGGUACCUGAAGCAACAGUGCCAUGCCCAGAAGAUUGGCGUCGUGGGCUUCUGCUGGGGUGGGAUCGCCGUGCAUCACGUGAUGAUGACGUACCCAGAACUCAGGGCAGGGGUGUCCGUCUACGGCAUUGUCAAGGAUUCUGAAGAUAUUUACAGUCUAAAGAAUCCCACGUUGUUCAUUUUUGCUGAAAAUGAUGCUGUGAUUCCACUGGAGCAAGUCUCCUUGCUGACACAGAAGUUGAAAGAACACUGCAAGGUUGAAUAUCAAAUUAAAACAUUUUCUGGGCAAACGCACGGUUUUGUGCAUCGCAAGAGAGAAGACUGUUUACCUGCCGACAAGCCUUACAUUGAUGAGGCAAGAAGGAAUUUAAUCGAGUGGCUGAACAAAUACAUUUAGUAGUGAAUGGGUACUCGCUCACAACGAGAUUCAUCCAAAUGUUUGCCUUCAAAUACUUAUCAUUUGAUUUUUUAAUUUUAUAUCAAAUAAAGGUUGGAAUCCUGAAAUUCAUUUAAUCUGAAACACAUUCAGUAGAAAAUGUUAAUAUAUGAAAAUAAUUUUAACAUGUAUAUCAAAUAAAAAAUAAAAAAAUAGAUCUGGACCUGAAGAAUUUGAAUGAUCACUACCCUAGUUAAUAGAGAACACUGGGUUAUUCAGGGACCAGCUGACAGCACAGGGGUGGCCUCUUUGGUCUUUAACUGAACACACCCUGAAAAUGACUAAGGUGUGAAGAACCUCACUGAAAGCUGGGGCAGAGUAGGAAUGCAGCUUGGACAUUUAUCUGUCUUAAGAGAGCUUAAGUUGUCACAUUUAUAUGUUGUAAUGAGAAGUAUUACAGAUAAAAUGUUUCUAUGAACCUAAUUAUAUCAUGCUAAUAAACUGUUUUUUUGAAUUUA